GACUCUAACAAUCCUCAUCAACAUACACCCUUCGCACGCCUUAUAAAGUCUCUCAACAACCACUUCAAACUCUUUCAAUCCUUCGUGAAAAUGGAUGUGGUGAAUGUAAUGAUUCAAGGAAAGCCAGUCGUGAUUUUCAGGAAGAGUUCUUGUUGCAUGAGCCACUCCGUCGAGUCACUUAUACGUGGAUUUGGAGCAAACCUAACUGUUUAUGAGCUCGACAGAAUAACAAAUGGACAUCAAAUUGAAAGGGCACUAGUGCAGCUGGGGUUUCGACAGAGCUUACCCGCUGUGUUCAUAGGCCAGCAGCUGGUUGGCAAUGAAAGGCAGGUGAUGAGCCUCCACGUCCAGAACCAGCUAGUACCAUUGCUUAUACAAGCAGGUGCUAUAUGGAUGUGGAAUAAGUAGUUUCUUACUGACAUAUAUAGGGCACGGAUCAAUAUCAUGCUGCUGAACAUUUUGAUAAGCUACUAUUUUUUUUUUGUUUUCAGUUUUCCCGAAGUAAGCGAAACGUGAUAAGAGGCACGGCUCAGGACCUCUUUCUGAUUUUAAAUUUUCAUUACAACAUCCAUGCAUCUAUUCUGUGUCUAACAAGGAUGCACUACUUUUGUUACU